AUGAAGUUUUACAUACUACUCUUAUCAUUGCUUACCCUUGUUUACUCGCUCGGUAAACAAGACGAUGGUCAAGACCAACAAACCACAACAACAACACAACAAACCAUAGUGUGGGUGACCACCACCAUUAACGGGCAACUCGCCACCUUGUCCACGCUCUACUCACAAAAGUUUACUGAAAAGGCAACCGGUACAACUGAAGUUCAAUCGGGACAGAUUGGAUUGGGUACGAUCUCUGGUAGUGUUGGUGGAAUCAGAGAAUACACUCUGGUCACAAUCACCCCUACUGCAGGUGCCGCUGGAACUUCCGGUGCUGGGUUAUUAGGAUUAUUUGCUGUAGUUGUUGGUUUGAUUUGA